AUGGAUAGCAUUGGCAAGUACCUGAAGGAGGAGGACUACUACAUUAAGCUGAAAAUUUUGAAGAAGCAGAUUGACAUGCUGAAUAUACAGGAGGAGUACAUCAAAGAGGAGCACAAAAAUCUGAAGAGAGAGCUGAUCAGGUCGAAGAACGAAAUCAAGCGCAUACAAAGUGUCCCUCUCAUCAUAGGGCAAUUUCUAGACAUAAUCGAUAACAACUAUGGGAUUGUGAGCAGCACGGCCGGGUCGAAUUAUUACGUUCGAAUUUUGUCUACCUUGAAUAAAGAAGAUUUGAAGCCAUCAGUUAGCGUGGCGUUACACCGACACAGCCAUUCCAUCGUGAAUAUACUUCCAUCCGAAUCGGACAGCAGCAUACAGUUACUACAAGUCAGUGAGAGACCAAAUGUGAAGUACACAGACCUGGGAGGACUGGACACACAGAAGCAGGAAAUGAGAGAAGCCGUAGAAUUGCCUCUAAAAAGCCCAGAACUGUAUGAAAAAAUCGGAAUAGAACCCCCCAUGGGGAUCUUAAUAUAUGGACCCCCAGGUACAGGCAAGACAAUGCUUGUUAAGGCAGUAGCGAAUGAGACACAAGUUACCUUUAUCGGGGUAGUCGGUUCUGAAUUUGUCCAAAAAUACCUAGGAGAAGGUCCAAGAAUGGUUCGAGAUGUUUUCAGACUAGCCCGUGAGAACUCUCCUUCCAUCAUCUUUAUCGAUGAGGUAGAUGCAAUAGCAACAAAAAGGUUUGAUGCGCAGACAGGGGCAGACAGAGAAGUGCAGAGGAUUCUUCUAGAAUUGCUGAAUCAGAUGGAUGGGUUCGACAAAUCCACCAAUGUGAAAGUCAUCAUGGCGACGAACAGGGCGGAUACAUUAGAUCCUGCAUUGUUGAGACCGGGAAGACUUGACCGAAAAAUUGAGUUCCCUCUCCCGGACAGGAAACAGAAAAGACUUAUUUUUCAGACCAUUAUUAGCAAGAUGAACGUCAGCAGCGAUGUUAAUAUAGAGAAUUUUGUCGUGAGGACUGAUAAGAUAAGUGCCGCCGACAUUGCUGCCAUUGCACAGGAGGCCGGCAUGCAAGCCAUACGCAAGAACCGCUAUAUCAUCACGGCUAACGAUUUCGAGCAGGGAUACCGCACGCACGUCCGCAAGCAGAUGCGCGAUUAUGACUUUUAUAACAUAUAG